AUGCAGACCCUUAACUCUACGCAGACCGUUAAGUACACGGAGACCCCUUACUCUACGCAAACCGUUAACUCUACGCAGACCGUUGACUCUACGCAGACCGUUAAGUGCACGGAGACCCCUUACUCCACGCAGACCGUUAACUCUACGCAGACCCCUUACUCUAGGGAGACGGUUAACUCUACGCAGACCGCGAACUCCAGGGAGGCCGUGACGAGUACAACGUUGACCCCGUUGGACGUGGAGGGAAUAGUGACUAAAUCGAACGUUUUUACGGACGCUGUGGAAACAGUGCUGGAAGAGUUAAGCCCGAAUGGUUCGGGUGAGGAGACGGAUGAGACAUUCAACGAAGUUUUGCCUGUUGGGAAGAUGGUGAAAUUUGCUGAAUUGAAUAAGCCGGGUAUGUUCGUGGACGACGUGUCGCAACGGGACCUGCAGUCAUUCCGGGCACCGUAUGCUAAGUGCCUGGCAAUGGACUUCAACCCGGAGACGAGUGACGUGAUAGUCAGCGGUCCUGGCUACGACCCGUAUUUGAACUACGACCUUUGUGGGAGCGGUAGUAAUGGAACGUUGAUGUGUCGCGACUUGGGAGUACGUAAUGCUCAAUGCUUUAACUUCGUUUCUGGCAUAGAAGACGACCCAAAUGGUCUGUAUCAAUUGUGGGAUAUGAUCGAUCGAGUCUUUAGUCCCAACGGUGAUGAGGACUGUGUCAUUCGUUGCGAUAAUGCAAGCAUAAUUGGAGACAAACUAGUCAAGGCGGCGGAACAGCGGAAGUCUAUGCGCCGCAUGACGGGUCCUGGUGAUGCCCGCACCCCGGAGGGGCUUGAACGCUUCAAGCAAGUAAUUAAGCAAAUGUUCCCUCCGGAUACCAUCGCCAAGAGUAAAAAUGACUUGAGCCACAUCUGGUUCAAAAUUCCUUGCGGUAACGGCACUUGGACCCCAGGUGAACAGUACCCUGAUUGCAAGUGUCCAAAGCUUAUUGUUACUUGCGGGAUGGAGCGACGUUGGGGCGACAAGCUCGACCUCAGCUUCGCCGCCGAUAACACCACAACCCAAGAAGUAUUCACCGAUGGCGCCAGGGCUAUGACCCAUUUACCACACAGCCAAGUCAAACGCUGUGACUACCAAUGCCUUAGUCGCGUCUUUUCGGACGUGUAA